AUGUACACCUUCCUCCCCUCCUCGGCUUCGCGGACGCAGCCGCUCGACUGGGUGACGCUCAUCACGAACGCGCUAGCGGUGGCGAGGGAAGCACCAUCGGAGCAGGUUCUCAACACCCUCGUGAUGAUGCAGUCUUACGCGACCGCCUCAGCAGACGUCUUCACCAAUGUCUCCCGCGGUGCGCGAGAUGUGAAGGAGUAUGUGGCGCUGCUGUGCGCCAUGGACGAGGCGAUCGGCGCGUGGCCCUUGCGUGUUCGGCAGCUGCUGGACGUACCGCCGGUCAUCCUGGUGCCGGCUGGAGGGCCCGGUGGCAGCUUCGUCACUGUCCCGGUGCACACGCCGCGCGGCGAGGCGCUGGUGUUCCUGUUUAACGUGUCACUCUAUCACAUGAACGCUGGGCUGCACUAUCUGGCCCGCGUGCGGGCGGAUGCGUCAGUGAUGAUUUCGUCCAACGCCUCGCGACGACUGGGCGGUGCUGGCUCCGUCGCGGCACCGAACCAAAACGCCAAGCUGGCCGCCCAGCAUUGCCGCCUGGCGGUCGACGUGCUGCGCUGGUCAGAGGCCCUUCACGCAAGUCCGAGCUCCCCUUCCGCACUCGCGCUGCGCAACCUGCGCAGCCACAUACCACUGGACGUGACAAGGGACAUGGGCGUGCUGUGUUCGGCAGUGGCUAAGUACAUGUACGCCCUCUCCUCUGCAUCCACCAAGGACAAGCCGGACGUGUUGGCGAAGCUCGCCUUCGAUGCGGCGCAGCUGCAACUCCCAGGGUGCGUCUCCGCUAGCAGCUCGCUGCAGCUCUUGCCCUCCCUCCUGCUCGCUACCUACCACUACCACAAGGCCACGUGGUACUACUCGGCCAGUAAGGUGCCAGACAUGGCUGAGGCUCUCGGCCACAUGCAGUACGCCGACACCCUCCUACGCAGCUGCGACGCGCAGUGGGGAGUGGAGGAGGCGCGCACGCAGAUGGAGCACGAGUCGCGGCAAUGGUGGGGGCGUCGACUGGCGUCCUUCUUCAAAGGUGUUAGCCAGGCGGGCGCAUCGGCAGCGAACCGGCCUCGUGGCGAGGCACCUCGCCGCGCCAGCGAAGUGAGCAGAGCAGCGGGUGUUGCCAGCUCGGAUGAAGCCGAUGACAACACCGUUGUUGCGGCGCUCCAGCCAGCCACGGAGUACCCGAGCCUUCACGCGCUCCUGCUCCACGGUGAGGGCAGAUCGGCAUCCAGAGCAGCGGGUGCUGCCAGCUCGGAUGACCGCAGCGACGGUGCCCCGACGGCGGCCACAGUUGCGGAUGUAGUGCAUGUUUAUCCGUACCUCCGCCUGCUCCUGCAGGACGUGUGUGACUGCCUGCAGCGGUACAAACGAGAGAACGAGCUCGUAUUCUUCGUGAAGGCAGCGGCCGCUGACGUCGUGAGCCGUGACGUGCCGGACGUGACAGCCGCUAUCGGCGGCGGUGCGGCGGAUGCAGCGGAGGAGAGCGCGCUCUUCGAGCCUCGCGCAAGCCUCUUCGCUUCGUUGCCGUCCACGAGCACGCUUCAACUCGCUUUGGCGCAGGAGGAGGAGUGCGGGCAGGCACAGCAGGCACUCGCAAGCCUGCUCCAGCGUGUCGAGCGCGACCAGCGAACGCUCUCGCUCUUCAUCAAGCCACCGAACACCCUUCAUCAGGCCCUGGACGCGCUGGAGGCUCUCCUGCCGCAGGCGGCUCCAUGGGGUUCUCUAGAUGCUGUCGUCAAUGCAGCAGCCGAGGCGGUCGAGGCGGCUGUGCAGAACUUCGUUGACGUAGCCGCCGCCUGGCAGGAGGGCCACGACGCCUACGUCGGUGCCCGCUGCGCUGCGCAUCCUUUGCUCAAGGAUACUCGUGCUGAGCUGGCGGUGUGGAGCGAGCGAGCGGCUGUGGCGCUGCAGCGGUGGAAGAAACUUGAGCUACCCGCCGAGGUCGACUCCCGCAGCGCCUUCCUCGAUGCCCUUGUCCCCAUCAGCAGCGAGCUUCAUGCGUAUCUGAAGCAGAGCGGUGAUGUAUGCAGGGAUGCGCGAGACGUGCUGAUGUGCAGCCCCGGCAGCGUCGCCGUUGCACAGGUGCAGGCGUGCACAGCAGCGGUGGACGCGGCGAGGCAGUCUGGCAUCGAACUGUUGACGCGCGUGACCGCGACAGCCUCCCGCCGCUCGAUACCGCGGCCGCCACUGUACAGGGCAAGUGGUGGCACCCGCACGCGGAACUCGGACGACAACGGCAACGCCGCUGGCGCGGAAGAAGAUGAGCCCGCGCCGGCCCCGCAGUAUGCCGAGGCGGAGGCGGCCAUUGAAGCGAUGGUGCAGGUACUAGAAGAGGCCCCUACGGUGGUGGCCCACGUGGAGAGCGCGGCCGCGGAGCUGCGCGACAUGCAGAAGAAGGCUGUCGUGACGCCGCUGGGCCAGUUGCGUGACGUCCACUUCCUCUCCGACUCCACCAAGCAGCCCAUCAAGGAGGCAGACAAAGAGAGAGGAGGAAGAGGAGGAGGCGCCGUACGGGCGAGUGCCAAAUGUGGCGGCAGUGUCAUGAAGGCUGCAGACCCUACCAGCGGCGUCGACAACGUCGCCUCUCGAAGCACCGCUACUGCUUCCUCUCGCAAGCGCGCCGGCACCUCUUCACCGGUUGGGAAGCCUCUCUUGCCUGACCCAGCUGCCGACGACGCCUCCGACUCCGUCAGCUCCUCGCAGCUGGCAGACGCGAAAGAGGUGGCUGUCGUGGAGGGGGACGGCGCCACCAAAGCAGCAGUGAGCGGCAGCCUGCUCCGCCGCCUCAAGGCGAACAAGGAAGAGCGUCAGCAGGGGUCCCGCAGCGCGCCCGUCACUGCCUCACCGCCACCGUCCAAACGCGCGAAGCGAUGA